AUGCCGAAGAUCAAACCUAAUAGUGAAGCUGAUGAGUACACCAAAAAAAUGACCGAGUUUCUAAAAGAGAACCCUUAUCCUUCUGAUGCUCAACUGAAGGACAUUUCAGAGCGCAUGGGUAAAUCCAAGAUGCAGAUUUAUAUGUGGUUCGCGAAUAACCGACGUAAACAUGGCAUAAAUAAGAAAAAUAAUGAACACUAUGAAGAAAUGAACGAGCUUUUCGUGAAAAAUCCUUACCCGUCUGAUAGUCAAAUGAAAAAAAUUGCAGAAAAAUUGGGUAAAUCAGAGGAACAAAUUCAAACUUGGUUCGCCAAUAAUCGACAUAAACAUGGCAUCCGCAAAGAGUCGAAAACAGAUGAGUACACUGAAAAAAUGAACGAGUUAUUUAAGAAGAACCCUUAUCCAUCAGCAAGCGAAGUCAAGAAAAUUUCAAAAAAGAUGGGUAAAUCUGAGAAGCAGAUUUAUUCGUGGUUUAGUAACAAUCGGCAGAAACAUGGCAUCCGCAAAUCGAAAAUCGAAAAAGACGAGUUCAAUGAAAAAAUGACUGAGCUACUUAUGAAGAACCCUUAUCCAUCUGCAAGUGAAAUGAAGAAAAUUGCAAAAACAGUGAAUAAAUCACAGAAACAGAUUUACAUUUGGUUUGUCAACAACCGCCAUAAGCAUUGCAUUCAUAAGAAAACGAUAAGUAACAAGAAGCUAUUAAAUGCCUGGCGAAAAAACAAACACCCGUCGCCUCGACUUUGUAAGCAGCUGGCUUCUGAAAUCGGACGCUCCGAAAGAUAUGUUUCUUAUUGGUUUUGGAAAAAACGCAGAGAGGGAAUGAAUAAUCCAAGUGAAACUACUGAUGAGGAGGAAGAGUUUACCGUGGGAAUAAAAAAAGAACUACUCACGCCAGAAAAAAAAGUGAGAGGCCUUCGAAAAGAGUCGAGUGAAAAUUCAUCCGAGGAGGAUGACCUGAAACGAGAAAGAAAACCCCCCCUAAAGGAGCCUGAGCUCGAGACCCAAAACGUCUCCUCUGGGAAGAAUGACGACUGGACGAGCGCACAGAACUUGGGCGGAGUAGCUAAGUCGUCAGAUGACCUGGCUGACGUUGAGGAGGAAAAUAUCGCUCAUGGUCGCUCAGGGACGGUAGAAAAUUCCUUUAGACAUGAGUCUACAACUUCGUACUCGAAGUAUUACUUUUUCACCAAAAUAUAA